AGGGGCUGUGCUGGGGCGGAGAGAGGAAGCUGCGCGGCCUGGGCGAGAGAGCAGAGCCAGCGGCUGUGUUAAACUGCAGGCGGGGGUCGGGCGCUGUUCUCCUGGGCUCAGAAAAAUCUCCAAAACGCGUGUGUGGCUGUUUCGGUGUGCCGGGGCGAGACGCUUUAUCCAGGGCCGCGGUGAGCGUCGGUUAGUGGGGCUUGACACGAGCUCAGUCCGCCCCUCAGCACCACCUCCCCGGCCUCCACCGUAACAAGUGUCGGCUGCGCUUUCAGCGGUACCAGGCGAGGCCCUGCGGGACUGGGGUGAGCGGCAUGCCGUGUAUCGGCGCUUAUAGACGGUAAGAGGGGGAACCAGAGACCGCAGGCCCGGGAGCAGCGAUGAGGAGCCGGGUAGGGCGUCUUCUUUUCAGCCUGUAGCCGCAGAUAAACACGCAGCAGCCCGGAGAGAAGACCACAGCACACCGGCUGGCCAUGGCGUCGGAGGAGGCAUCCCUUCGUGCUCUUGAAAGCCUAAUGACAGAGUUUUUCCACAGCUGCACGACCAAUGACCGCAAGAGAGAGAUUGAGGAGCUGCUGAAUAGUUUUGCUGGGCAGCCUGGCUCCUGGAGGCACUGCCUCUACUUCCUCUCCAACAGCAGAAAUGAAUACGUCAUGAUGUAUAGCCUUACAGUGUUUGAGAAUUUGGUCAACAAGAUGUGGGUUGGUGUGGCCAGUGAGGAUAAGGCGGAGCUUCGUAGCUGCUUGCCAAAGUUGUUGCUGUCUCAGCACGCUCUGCUGCCAUUCUUCAUCAGGAACAAACUUUGUAAAGUCAUUGUGGACAUCGGACGUCAAGAUUGGCCAAUGUUCUACCACGACUUCUUUAGCAACACGUUACAGUUGGUGCAGUCCCCUUCUCUAGCUCCACUGGGAUUGGUUCUGCUGAAGAUGACCUCAGAGGAGCUGGUGUGUCCGAGGGAAGAUCUGAGUGUUGCUAGGAAAGAAGAGCUGAAAAAACUCUUACUGGAGCAAAUACCUACCGUACUGAACCUGCUGACGGGUAUUUUGGAAACGGUGUGGGAUAAGCACAGCGUCACAGUUACAACUCCUCCUCCAUCACCCACGUCUAGAGAAACAGGUGUGCUGGUGGGCGAUAGCACUCCGGUGGGUCUGGAGUCGGAGAGUGGAACGCUGUGCCUGUUGGCUCUGGAAUGCCUGGCUCAUCUCUUCAGCUGGAUUCCCCUGUCCUCCUCCAUCACUCCAGCUCUCCUGGCCUCCAUCUUCCACUUUGCUCGCUUCGGCUGCCAGCUGCCAGUCAAGACCAAGCCUCCGCCCACCUCCAACGGGGACUCCUCCCCUGGAAACCUGGCUAAUGGAAGCAAUGCGCAGGGACGGACAGGGCAGAUGGUUGGCCACGCCGACCGGGCUCGGCUGGGCGUUAUGGCUAUGAGCUGCAUUAACGAGCUGAUGUGUAAAAACUGUGUUCCGCUGGACUUCGAGGAGUUUCUGCUGCGCAUGUUCCAGCAGACCUUUUACCUGCUGCAAAGACUCACAAACUCGCACUCGCACACCAACACACACAGUGUCAAAAACAGACUGCAGGAGUUAGACGAAAGUUACGUGGAGAAGUUCACAGACUUCCUGCGGCUCUUUGUUAGCGUUCAUCUGAGAAGAAUCGAAUCCAACAGUCAGUUUCCUCUGGUGGAGUUCCUGGCUCUGCUCUUUAAGUACACCUUCAACCAGCCGACACACGAGGGCUAUCUGACCUGCCUGGACAUCUGGAGUAUAUUCCUGGACUACCUGACCACCAAAAUCAGGAGCCGACUGGCAGACAGGGAUAGCGUCUUAAACAGGUAUAAGGAUGCUUUAGUGCUGCUGCUGAGAGAGGUUUUGAAUCGAAUUCAGUUCAGGUUGAACCAGAGUCAACUUGAGGAGCUGGACGACGAGACCCUCGAUGAUGAUCAACAGACGGAGUGGCAGCGGUACUUGCGUCAGAGUUUGGAGGUGGUUGCCAGGGUGAUGGAGCUGCUGCCAUCUCAGACCUUCUCCAUUCUGUUUCCGGUGCUUCAGGAAGACUUGGACGUUUACCUUGGACUGCAGCAGUACAUUGUUACUACCAGAACAAAUCGCAGGUUGAACAUCACGGCGGAGGCUGACUGCAGGAAGCUGCACUGCGCUCUGAGGGAUCUCAGCUCUUUACUGCAGGCUGUUGGGCGUCUGGCUGAGUUUUUCACUGGAGACGUUUUCACAGCUCGCUUUAACGAUGCCCUGGCUAUUGUUCAGAGGCUAGUGGAGGUCACGUGUUACGGCUCUCAGAUCAGCUUGUAUGAUGUGGAAAUGGCCGUCCCUUCAGUUCUUAAACCAGACCUUAUAGAUGUCCAUGCCCAGUCACUGGCUGCUCUUCAGGCGUAUUCUCAUUGGCUGGCUCAGUUCUGCAGUGAGGUGCAGCGGCAGCAGGAUCAAACGCAGUUCGUCGACCUCAUCACCUCCGGCAUGGCUGCCACCACACCCCUUAUUAACGCCAAGGUUCCAGAGAAAUUACUUCUGUCAGCGUGCCAUCUCCUGGUCUCCAUGGCAACGACGGUGCGACCUGUGUUCCUGGUGUCGUUGCCGGCGGUCCAGAACGUCUUCAACCUGAUCACAGAGAACCACAAUCACAGGCUCCCUCAAGAGGCUCACGUGCUGGUGUGCAGGGCUCUGUCCAACAUGCUGCUGUUGCCGUGGCCAAGCUUACCUGAGGCAGAGCAGCAAUGGCCAAACCGAUCAGCCAAUCACACGCGCCUCAUCAGCACCCUCACACACCAGUACCGCCUCUUACCUCGCCCCCCGGAUCACCACCCCACCAGUAAGGUGGUGCUGCAGCAGACUCUGUGUGUUCUGAAGGAUAUAGUGGACAGUAUAUCAGGAGAAGCUACUAAAUCUCGUCAGAUCUGUUACCAGAGUCUGCAGGAAUCAGUUCAGGUCACACUGGCCCUGUUCCCUCUCUACAUCCAGCAGCCCGACGUGACAGAUGAGAUGCUGAGUUUCUUCCUCACACUGUUCCAGGCUCUGCGGGUGCAGAUGGGAGUUGCCUUCACUGAGCAAAUCAUUCAGACCUUCCUCAGCAUGUUCACCAGGGAGCAGCUGGCAGUCAGCAUCUUACAGGAGGGCAGUUCUGGUUCAAAAGUGGUGCAGAAAUUCCUCAAAAUUCUACAGGUCGUGGUUCAGGAACCUGGGCAGACCUUUAAGCCCAUGCUACCCAGCAUCCUCAGCCUUUGUAUGGAGCAGGUGUACCCGAUUGUGGCUGAGCGCUCCUGUCCAGACGUCAAAGCCGAGAUGUUCGAACUUCUCUUCCAAAUCCUCCAUCAGAACUGGAGGUUCUUCUUUAAGACCUCCGUCCUCAGCAGCGUUCAAAGAACCGGUGCUGAAGAGCACAUGGAGAACCAGGCACAGUUUAUUGCCGCCAUGCAGGCAUUUGGACAGUCCUUCCUGCAGCCAGAUAUCCACAUCUUCAAGCAGAACCUGAGCUACCUAGAGAUUCUUAACAGCAAACACAAACUGUACCACAGGAAGCUGUUCCGGAGCUCCAUGCUCUUCCACUUCAUUAACGUGCUGCUGCAAGUUCUCCUGCACAAGAGCCAUGACCUUCUCCAGGAUGACAUCACCGUGGCCCUCUACAACAUGGCCGCUGUAGAUUUCCAAGCUUUCUAUUCCUCCUUCCUGCCAGAGUUCCUCAACGGCUGCCAAGGUCUCGACCCACACCAACGCACAACGCUCGCCCGCAACUUCACGCCGGAGAGGGACCUGCCAUCGUUUUCUCAGGGAGUGUACAGACUGGUGAAUGACCUGCGUUUCUAUAGACUGUGUAAUGGAAGCUUGCCCCCGGGGACCCUGAAGCUAUAGCCUCACGUUUCUCUCGCCGCACAGCCAAACACGGCCCGUCCGUGCGGGGACGCCGAUCGCUGCCGCUGCGGUGAUCAAGCCACACCCUUCGCCAGGGGCCAGCCUAUGAUCUCUCUGUAGGGGCGUGUCAUACGAGCCACACCCCCCUCCCAUUUUCUGCUGGGUUUGUUAUGUCAGCUUAUGUUUUAUUUCAGCGAAAUUUCACACGUUGCCAAUGAUCAUAAGGCCAAAGUGUACGUUCCACUGCUGCAGCGGGGACUGGAGCGCUGGUAUAACGGUUCGACGUCGGUGUGAUCGGCCGGGAAGGAUGAACUGAGCAGAGCCAAGCCGAGCUGACCGUCAGCGCUCUUGUUUGAGCCUCCCUGCUGCUGCUGCACUUCUACAGAAGCCUUCCUGUGGAGUGAAGGUGGUGGAGCAGUGUCUUGAAUCUGUUCUUUUUAAAGGAAUGGUGCUGCUGAAGGCACUUGGAUGCGGUUUGUAAUGUUUUAUGAGGCUUAAAUCGGUUUGAGAUAGACUGUUGACUGGGUUGAUGGUGAGUGAGACGGAGUGAAAACGGUUUAAAAGUGGACUGCUGCAUUUCUGAGCGCUGAUUUAUUUUUUAUUUUUAUUUUUUCCCUCGAAUGUCUUGAUUUUAGCGCCUUCUCUUCAUCUCUGUGGAGACGGACUCACUCCUCCUUUCAUAUCAUUCCAUCCUGAUCCAGGAGACACAAACCUUCAAUAAAAUUUUGUAAUGAAGCA